AUGCGGAAAACAUUAACAGUCUUGAUAAGCGCUGCUUCCUUCCUUCUUGUCGAAGCAUAUGGAGGCGCUGCUUAUUAUAAGCGUCAAGAGGCCCCCCCAGGUCCAACUGCUUCUGGUACAACCCAAUAUUGUACAUACUACACGCUGGGGGAAGACGAUGUAACCUGCGCUGAUAUAUACUCCUCCUGGGGUAUUACGUCUGCUCAGUUCCUUAGAUGGAAUCCCUCAGUUGGGUCCCCGUGUACCGUAGUCACGGGAAAUGCGUAUUGCGUAGAGGCAGCGAACGAACCAGCUCCAACGACCACGACGACCACGACCACUACCACCAAGUCAACCACGGCGAUAUCAACAACACCGGGCGCCCCAGGACCAACGCAGAGUGGUCAGACUACUCUUUGUGAUCGAUGGGAUCUGGUUAAUUCUGGGGACUCUUGCGGAACUUUCACCUCUAGAUACUCCGGGUUGACAGUCCCACUUCUUUUCUCUUGGAAUCCGGCGAUUUCCAGCGAUUGUUCGAACUUAUGGGUUGGAACUUAUCUCUGCACAAGGAUCAAGGGAUGGACUCCUCCUACCACGACUUCAAAACCUCCAGUGACAACUACCACUGGAAACGGCAUCAACACCCCCACCCCUACUCAGCCACAGAUGGUCUCUAACUGUAACAAAUGGUAUUUUGUAAAUUCUGGCGAUACCUGCGCUGUGAUUACCAGCAAAACUGGGGCUACACUAGCUCAGUUGUUCGCCUGGAACGCGUCUAUUAAGAGCGACUGCAGUGGCAUUUGGGCUAGCGUCUAUAUCUGUGUCGGUACUACGACCGUAACACCCACAACUACUAAGUCUACCACGACCACCACAAAGGCCACAACCACUGGGAAUGGCGUAUCAACUCCAUCGCCAAUUCAGACCGGCAUGGUAAAAAACUGCAAAGACUUCAAACUAGUGAAGAGCGGUGACACUUGUCCCGCUAUAAUAUCCCAGUACGGCAUUACUCAGGCCCAACUGGUGUCCUGGAACCCAGCAAUCAAGAGCGAUUGCACAGGUCUCUGGGCUCAGUACUAUAUUUGCGUCAGGUUAAUCGGUAUGGCUACAACGACUACCACGAAGAAAACUACCACCACCUCGAAGAAGCCCACUACGACAGGGAACGGCGUCACGACACCCACUCCGAUCCAAACCGGUAUGACAAAGAACUGCAAAACCUUCAGAUAUGUUCAAGGCGACGAUAGCUGCGCAAACAUCCAGACGAGGUUCAAAAUUACUUUCCAGCAACUUUAUAGCUGGAAUCCUGCGAUUGGAUCGAAAUGUGAAGCCCUCUGGCUAAAAUACUAUGUUUGCGUUGCUGUAUUGUAG